UCUACCCGUUUACGUGACAAUAUGGUAGCAUAAAUUGUACAUACAAUAGGUUAAUACCAUGCUGGUAGUUUAUACCGACUUGUACGUUAUAUGUGACGUGGAGAUUAUUGUGUCUGGAUAUAAUUAUUGUGCUUUAUGAACAUCUUCAACAAGUCUGGAAAUGCUUCUAGCGGCGUUACUUACGUUUGUAACAUUCUUUUCUCUGCUUCCGACUGACGUACUUAGUUACUCAUCUGGUGCGCCUUCAUGGGUCUGUGACCAGAUGGUACCUUCGCAUGGCGUUCCUGCACAAAAUACGGUGUCUCCAUACACGAUCCAACUAUCCCGAACAACUUACUGUCACAACAACCCACUAACUGUGACGUUAAGAGGUACGAAUAUCGGAACAACAUUCAGAGGAUUUUUGUGCCAAGCCCGACCACAAGCUGGAACAUAUUCAACUUCUGGCACGUUCACGAGCACUGAUUCCACCGGAAGCCGCAACAAUUGCGGCGUGACAGCUACACUGACACAUGCCAAUAAUAAUGAUAAAACAUCACUCACAUUCGAAUGGCAGCAGCGAGAAUUAACAAGCACUGGAGAUAUUUCUAUCGUGUGCACAAUAGUCCAGAGCCGGACUGUAUUUUGGGUAAAACAAGUCUCGUCCACAAUAUCGUAUGCUGGAGUUAGUCAAUGUACUACCACAGGUCUUGGUGAUUCUUGUAGCAGUAACAGUGAUUGUUUAGCAGCAGAUUCACAAGCUGUUUGUGAUACCAGUGGCACAGGGACAUGCGUCUGUCGGACAACAUACAAACGAAGUAGCAACCAGUGCAUUAAGAAAGGUCUUGAUGAUACUUGUUCGGCGGAUAGUGAUUGUGUGCACGUUUCCUGGGCAGGGUGUAGUACAGGAGGUAUUUGCGCCUGUCAGACACCGUACGUGCGUCUAGGAACAACAUGUGUUACUAAAGCCCUAGGAGAUUCUUGCAAUGUCAACAAUGAUUGCCAAGGUAUUCCGUUAUCUGUAUGUGACAUUGGUGGGACAUACAGGUGUGUCUGCCUGACUACGUACAAAGUAGAAGCUAACAAGUGUGUGCUGAGAGGUUAUGGUGACUCGUGCGAAAGUGAUGCGGAAUGUGGUGCAGUUUCCGAAGCUGUAUGUAGCAGUGGAACUUUCAGAACGUGCACAUGCCCGUCUGGCUACAUCUACACACAAAAUGUUUGUCAACGGAUAGGUAUUGGUGAUUCUUGCACGUCUAACAGUGAUUGUUCUAGCGAUGCGGGGUCUAUUUGUGACUUAGGAAAUACACUAACAUGCAUAUGCAGGGCAGGAUACCGGCCAGUUGUAGACCGUUGUUACGUCAUAGGACUCGGUGAGGCCUGUGUGACUGACGCUGACUGCCAGCAAAUAUCGUCCGCUUAUUGUAACACUGCCACAGACAGAUGUGCCUGUCCGAUUGCGUAUAAAGAAGAUCAAAACGGUCAAUGUAUUAUGCGAGAUUUUGGUGAUAGCUGUACAACAAAUGCAAAUUGCGGUGGACUUUCAGGAGCCAUUUGUGACAUCGGAAACACCAAUAGGUGCGCGUGCCCUGCAGGUUAUACUCCGGAUUUUAACGCGUGUGUUGUUCAAGCAGGACUGGGCUAUCCCUGUACAAGUGACACUGACUGCCAAGUUUCAUUUUCUUUGUGUGAUACUGCAAACUCAGGCACGUGUAUAUGUUCCACUAUAUACAAACAACAAAGCAAUCAAUGUGUGCGGAGAGAACUCGGUGACACUUGUGCGUCUGAUGCAGAAUGCAGCGCAUUGUCAGCAGCUAAAUGCACUACUAAUGGAACCAUUAGGACUUGUACCUGUGGAACUGGUUAUGUGCGAUCGGGUACCAUUUGCAGUUUAAUUGCACUAGGGUCUCCUUGUGGAUCAAACAGUGAUUGCUCACACAUUGGACAGGCGAUUUGUGAUUUAUUCAGCACAAGAACAUGCCUAUGUCAGUCACCAUACGUGAAUAGGAAUGGGAGAUGUGAACUUACAGGUGAUCUUGGAAAUGAUUGCAGUAGUAAUAACGACUGCCAAGUGUCCUUUGCUUUUUGCGAUACUGGAGUUACAGACAAAUGUAUAUGUUCCAUUGCCUAUAAGCAAGUAAACAAUCUAUGUCAACGUAGAGGAUUUGGUGAAGUUUGUACAAGUAAUGUAGAAUGUGGAAGUCUUACAGCAGCUGUAUGUAGCACAACGCCUACGUCAGGAACAACUAAAGUAUGCACAUGUCCCUAUACCUAUAGACAGAGCGAUGUCACCACUUGUUUGCAAAUAGGUCUCGGUGAUGCUUGUACAACUACUGACGAAUGUGCGAAUGUAUACAAAUCAAUAUGUAAUGCCGGACGAUGUCAAUGCCAAUCAGGCUAUGCACAGGAAGGCACACAGUGCUCGGGCAAAGGACUUGGAUCUGACUGUACAACUAACUUUGAUUGUCAAGUAACGUAUGCUCAAUGUGAUAUUGGAAAUACAUACAAAUGCAUUUGUCAAACUUCUUACAGACAGCAAGAUACUCAGUGUGUGCGGAUAGGAUUUGGCGACAUUUGUUCUACUAAUUUCGAUUGCGGAGCACUUUCAAAUGCAGUCUGUUCAAACGGAAUAUGCGCAUGUCCACAAGGUUACUCACAGAGCUUAACCGCUUGUAUACGAAUAGGUCUUGGUGAUCUCUGUACAAGCAACAGUGAUUGUUCUAGUGUAUCAAGGGCAGUGUGUGACACAGGAAACCCGAGAAAAUGUGUCUGUGAAUCAGCUUACAAGAAUGUAAAUGGUGUAUGUGUGGCUAAAGGAUUUGGCGACAGUUGUACUACUAUCUUUGAUUGUGGAGCACUAUCAAAUGCAGUGUGUACAAACGGAAUAUGCACAUGUCCUCUAGGUUACACACAGAGCUUAACCUCUUGUAUACGAAUCGGUCUUGGUGAUCUCUGUACAAGUAACAGUGAUUGUUCUAGUGUAUCAAGGGCUUUGUGUGACACAGGAAACCCAAGAAGAUGUGUUUGUGAAUCAGCUUACAAGAAUGUAAAUGGUGUAUGUGUUACUAAAGGAUUUGGCGACAGUUGUACUACUAACUUUGAUUGUGGAGCACUAUCAAAUGCAGUGUGUACAAACGGAAUAUGCACAUGUCCUCUAGGUUACACACAGAGCUUAACCUCUUGUAUACGAAUCGGUCUUGGUGAUCUCUGUACAAGUAACAGUGAUUGUUCUAGUGUAUCAAGGGCUUUGUGUGACACAGGAAACCCAAGAAGAUGUGUUUGUGAAUCAGCUUACAAGAAUGUAAAUGGUGUAUGUGUUACUAAAGGAUUUGGCGACAGUUGUACUACUAACUUUGAUUGUGGAGCACUAUCAAAUGCAGUGUGUACAAACGGAGUAUGCACAUGUCCUCUAGGUUACACACAGAGCUUAACCUCUUGUAUACGAAUCGGUCUUGGUGAUCUCUGUUCCAGUAACAGUGAUUGUUCUAGUGUAUCAAGGGCUUUGUGUGACACAGGAAACCCAAGAAGAUGUGUUUGUGAAUCAGCUUACAAGAAUGUAAAUGGUGUAUGUUUUACUAAAGGAUUUGGCGACAGUUGCAUCUCUAAUUUCGACUGCGGAGCACUUUCAAAUGCAAUUUGUUCAAACAGAAUAUGCACAUGUCCGCAAAGUUACACACAAAGCUUAAACUCUUGUAUACGAAUAGGUCUUGGUGAUCUCUGUACAAGUAACAGUGAUUGUUCUGGAGUAUCAAAGGCUUUGUGUGACACAGGAAACCCGAGAAGAUGCGUUUGUGAAUCAGCGUACAAGAAUGUAAAUGGUGUAUGCGUUACUAAAGGAUUUGGCGACAGUUGCAUCUCUAAUUUCGACUGCGGAGCACUUUCAAAUGCAAUUUGUUCAAACAGAAUAUGCACAUGUCCGCAAAGUUACACACAAAGCUUAAACUCUUGUAUACGAAUAGGUCUUGGUGAUCUCUGUACAAGUAACAGUGAUUGUUCUGGAGUAUCAAAGGCUUUGUGUGACACAGGAAACCCGAGAAGAUGCGUUUGUGAAUCAGCGUACAAGAAUGUAAAUGGUGUAUGCGUUACUAAAGGAUUUGGCGACAGUUGCAUCUCUAAUUUCGACUGCGGAGCACUUUCAAAUGCAAUUUGUUCAAACAGAAUAUGCACAUGUCCGCAAAGUUACACACAGAGCUUAACCUCUUGUAUACGAAUAGGUCUUGGUGAUCUCUGUACAAGUAACAGUGAUUGUUCUGGAGUAUCAAAGGCUUUGUGUGACACAGGAAACCCGAGAAGAUGCGUUUGUGAAUCAGCGUACAAGAAUGUAAAUGGUGUAUGCGUUACUAAAGGAUUUGGCGACAGUUGCAUCUCUAAUUUCGACUGCGGAGCACUUUCAAAUGCAAUUUGUUCAAACAGAAUAUGCACAUGUCCGCAAAGUUACACACAGAGCUUAACCUCUUGUAUACGAAUAGGUCUUGGUGAUCUCUGUACAAGUAACAGUGAUUGCUCUGGAGUAUCAAAUGCUUUGUGUGACACAGGAAACCCGAGAAGAUGCGUUUGUGAAUCAGCGUACAAGAAUGUAAAUGGUGUAUGCGUUACUAAAGGAUUUGGCGACAGUUGCAUCUCUAAUUUCGACUGCGGAGCACUUUCAAAUGCAAUUUGUUCAAACAGAAUAUGCACAUGUCCGCAAAGUUACACACAGAGCUUAACCUCUUGUAUACGAAUAGGUCUUGGUGAUCUCUGUACAAGUAACAGUGAUUGUUCUAGUGUAUCAAGGGCAGUGUGUGACACAGGAAACCCGAGAAGAUGUGUUUGCGAAUCACCUUACAAGAAUGUAAAUGGUGCAUGCGUGGCUAAAGGUUUUGGCGAUAGUUGUUCGGCAAAUUCAGAUUGCAGAGUCGGUCUAUCCGGAGCUGUGUGUGACUUGGACAACACUAGAACUUGUACAUGUCCAACUACAUAUAAACAAGUACUUACCACUUGUCAACCAAUAGGGUUUGGUGACAGAUGUACCAAAAAUGACGACUGUGGAGCGCUGACAGGAGCUGUGUGUGACCUAGCUGGUACUAGAACGUGCAUAUGUCCGGCGGCGUAUGAACCAAGCGGAACAGUUUGUAUAAGAAUAGGAUUAGGUAAGAUGUGUUCGAGAGACAGUGAUUGCUCUGAGGUGCCAAAUGCAGUAUGUGACACCAGCAAUACGAUGACAUGCGUCUGUCAAACGUCAUACAAGGCAUUAAACAGAAUUUGUGUACUGAUACAAUUGGGUGAUGACUGUAGGAGUAAUGAUGACUGUAGGGGAGUUGCGUCAUCAUUUUGCGAUACCGGUGUUACAGAUAAAUGUACCUGUCGUGCAAAAUACAUCCAGCGCCUUAAUAAAUGUGAAAUUAGGGGGCUUGGUGACAGGUGCAUGACGGACAAUGAUUGUGCGGAAGUUUCGUGGGCAAUUUGUGACACAAGAACAAAUAUGUGCAUAUGUCGAGCCCUAUAUGAGGCAAGGAAUGGACAAUGCUACCCAGAAACACCACGACUUGGAGAAGCAUGUAGAGUGAAUGGAGACUGUAGAGAGGUGCUGAACGCUGUUUGCGACAUCCAGGAUAACAUAUGUACCUGCUCUGUGGGUUUCAAACAACAGUCUGAUACAUGUGUUGCUAGAGCCCUUGGAGACGUUUGUUUAGUGGACAAUGACUGCAGAGAAGUUUCGAAUACUGUAUGUGACACAAGGAGAUGCCGUUGUAUGCCAGAAUACAGUCAACAAAGUAACCAAUGUGUUCGUAAAGACGUGGUGUGUACCUUUGACGACGACUGUCGAAAUAUUGCUACGGCUUUUUGUGACAGGCUUACAAGAACUUGCAUUUGCCCUACAGGCUACAAACUGCUUAACAACCGAUGUGUAGUUAAAGUUCUAGGAGACAGCUGUUUUUCAAAUGUUGACUGCAAAGGAGUUUUCGGGUCAGUGUGUGAUAUAGGCAUCACACAAAAAUGUGUAUGCCCGAGUUGGUUAAAACAAACGUUGACAAACCAGUGUGCUUCUAAAGUACUGGGCGAUAGUUGUAGGUACAAUGAUGAUUGCCGAGGAGUUUCGAUGUCAGUAUGUGACAAUGACAACACAGCAACAUGUAUAUGUACGACAGCGUACAAAGAAAAGAGAAACUUAACACAGAUUGAUUGUGUUGUGAGAGAGAUCGGUGAUGAGUGCAUCACUCAUGCUGAAUGCAGCGGAACGCAGAACGCCAAGUGUGAUAUUGGAGGCACAAACAAAUGUGUGUGCCCUAGAAAUAACAAAAAGCAAAGCCGUAGUUGUGUACCAAGAGUGCUGAACAUGAAUUGUGCAAGCAAUUUCGAAUGUUGGGGAGUAAACAACGCAAUGUGUGACCUUGGUACAAACAGAUGUACGUGUCUCCGAGGUUACAGCGAGGACCUUGCCAGUGACACUUGUGUCCCAAUCGAAGGCUACGUGGACGGAUCGUUACCAAGUGUGAUGAUAUCUGCUCCGCUGAUGUUUAUAUGUUUUUCAGUUACACUUCUAAGGUACUUUGAAGCAUAACAAGUUAUUGAGGAUAAUGAGAAAACAAGAAUACAAACAUCAGAAAAACACAACUGUGCAGAUCGUGAAAUGAAGAAAUUCAGCAUUAAAACGGAAAUGACAUAUUCAGUUGGUGUGCUUUUCGUUUUUUGCUAAAUAUGUUUCAUGCUACCAUUGUUUUUAAUGCAUAACAAAUGCCAUUUAUUUGAAACAUUUCUCCCUGAGUUAUUGCAUUUUAAGAAUAAAAUGGACGGGUAUGAGAUUUGUAGAAAAGAGCUGUAUUUCAUUUUCGGCUACUAUUGAUUUUACGAAUCAAAUUUCAGAUAAAAUAAAUGUGUUCAAAGUAUGUAUGUUGAUGAAUAAAUAAAACAUGUCAAAAACAUUCUACUAUGAAUUAGAUUAAGUCUAUCAAUGUGAUUGUCAUUCUUUUCAAAUUCACAUCACACAUAAGUCAAAGGUUGAAUGAGUUUUUUGUUCGUGUUAUAAAUGGUUCUUUGUUUAAUUUUAACAUGAAAUAAAGAAGUAAAAAAACUAAACAAUUAAGAUGAUAACAAAGAGGCUGUUAUGAUAUGAAAAUAAUUGGCUCGUGUUAAAAUGAUGAUUUAAUGUUCACAGCUUGCUUGAUAUUUUUAUAGCGAAAUCAAAAUAAUAAUAAUAUUAAUAAAUUUAAAAAAAAACAGUCUGCAGCAAUAUAUCAUAAGGUUACUGUCUAAGAAAUUUCUGUUGAAACUAAACAUUCUGAAGUGUAAUGUAUUGUUUUUAAACGGUUUUGUACAUCAAAUAUAUAUAUAUUUCAUACGUUAAUUUUAUACUUGGAAAUGUAAGCUGCAUUAAAUGUCUUAUAUAUGUGCCAAAGCAUUAUAUGACAAUAGUUCUCAUGUUUAUUUUUUAUAUCAUUUACAUUCAGUAUAUUAUCAAAAUGGAAUACUUUACUUAGAUGUUAGUGUCACGUAUUUACAAUUAGAUUUAUCUUCAUUUAUGUUUAUAUGAGCCAAGCCAUGAGAAAACCAACAUAGUGGCUUUGCGACCAGCAUGGAUCCUGAGCAGCCUGUGCAUCCGCACAGUCUGGUCAGGAUCCAUGCUGUUCGCUAACGGUUUCUUUAAUUGCAGUAGGCUUUAAAAACGAACAGCAUGGAUCCUGACCAGACUGCCCAGACGCGCAGGCUGGUCUGGAUCCAGGCUGGUCGCAAAGCCACUAUGUUGGUUUUCCCAUGGCACGGCUCAUAUUAUGAUUUAUGUUAUACAUUUGUAUAUGAUAUAUUUCAUAUUCAUAUUAACUUUCAGCCAGAUUCUGGAUUUUCAUUAUACAAUGUAGAAUGUAGAAAUAACUAUUAUCAGUUGUU